GGGCAGGACAGAGAUCUGGUGACUGACAGCUCACUGAAGACCAAGAACCGAGCAAGUGACAGGAAACAGAUGCAGAAUCGAACCGAUGCUGCAUCCACAAAGACUGCCCUCUCAUGGCAAGUCCUUGAAGAAGUCAAAACUUAUGUGUCUAAGCUUCAUGAUACUGAUGUGCACCAGAGAAUGUAUUACUACGACAGGAGACAUCGACUGGAGCCAUUGGUGGAAAUAUUGAACAGAGGAUUCUCUCCAGAAGAUGUCCAGCAAGGAGAAUAUGGGAAUGGAAUAUACUUCUCAGCCAGUCCUGCAGCAGCUAUCAGCAUGGCCCAUCAUGUGCUUGUAGCAGAUGUGUAUAUUGGCAGGACUCAGACUGAUGCAGUGAAGUCAGCAAGCAGGACAUCACCACCAAUUGGAUUUGAUUCCAUUCAGAUUCCAGGAAGGCGGUCUACAGAGUUUGUGAUUUUUAGUCACUUGCAGGCCAUUCCAGUCUGUUUACUGAAGUACACUGAGAGGGAAUCUUCGACAGCAAAUACAGUUGUAUCCAAGUAA